AAUGUAUAUAAAAUAUCUCUUUUGAGUCUUUUUUUACCAUCUUGUGAUCUGUGAAUAAGGCCAAAAAGCCCAAUACCAGCAUGAAAGAUAUUUUCCUCUCUCAGUUCUCUCUUAUCCUUGCCAAAACUGUCCACAAGACACCCUUUUAAAGCUUCAAACCAUAUGGUAAAACAGAUAUUUAGUUUGUCUCAAACUCUUCAUCUCACCAGACUGAAAAACCAGACAUGGGAUGUGCUUUCAACCCAUUACCUGCAAUUACCUUCAGCAACCAAUCACUGCCCACUACAAUUACAAGAAAGCCUUCAACUUCCAUUUUGAACCCAAGAGCUGUGGCUAAGGAACUCUACUUCAACCAUGAUGGUUCAGCCACUAGAAAGCUUCUGGCAGGGGUGAAUAAGGUGGCAGAGGUGAUUGGAGUGACUUUGGGUCCAAAGGGAAGGAAUGUGGUGUUGCAGAACAAAUAUGGACCUCCCAAGAUUGUCAAUGAUGGCGAAACCGUGCUUAAGGAGAUUGAGCUGGAGGACCCUCUGGAGAACGUAGGAGUGAAGUUGGUGAGGCAAGCUGGAGCUAGAACAAAUGAUCUUGCUGGUGAUGGUUGCACUACUUCUAUAGUGCUUGCUCAGGGUCUCAUUGCUGAGGGUGUUAAGGUCAUUGCGGCAGGUUUAAACCCAGUUCAGGUCUCACGAGGGAUUGACAAAACAGCUAGAGCUCUUAUUUCUGAACUCAAAUUGAUGUCCAAAGAGGUUGAGGACCAUGAACUAGCGGAUGUUGCUGCUGUUAGUGCUGGAAACGACUAUGUUUUGGGAAAUAUGAUUUCUUAUGCUCUUCAACAAGUGGGAAGAUGGGGAGUUGUCACCAUCGAGAAAGGGAACUAUGCUGAAAACAAUCUAGAGAUUGUUGAAGGAAUGCAGUUUGAUCGCGGAUACUUGUCUCCAUAUUUUGUAACUGAUCGACAAAAGAUGACAGUGGAGUUUCAUGAUUGCAAAUUGCUAUUGGUCGACAAAAAAAUCACAGAUCCAAGGGAGUUGUUUAAGAUAUUGGACAAUGCUGUCAAAGAAAAGUACCCCGUUGUUAUAGUUGCCGAGGGCAUCGAGCAGGAGGCUCUCGCUCCAGUAAUCAGGAACAAACUGAGGGGAGUGCUCAAGGCUGCAGCUAUCAAAGCUCCUGCCUUUGGUGAGCGCAAGAGCCAAUAUUUGGAAGAUAUUGCCGUCUUGACUGGAGGAACUGUAAUCAGGGACGAAAUGGGAUUGAAUCUUGAAAAUGCAAACAAGGAUAUGUUGGGCUCUGCUUCUAAAGUCGUAAUAACGAAGGAUUCCACAUUGAUAGUGACAGAUGGAAGCACUCAAGAGGCUGUCAAAAACAGAGUUUCUCAAAUGCAAAGGCUUGUUGAUAAUACAGUAGAAAAGUUUCAAAAGAAAAUUUUGAACGAAAGGAUAGCUAGGUUAUCAGGCGGUAUAGCAAUUCUCCAGGUGGGAGCACAAACAGUCGUUGAGUUAAAGGAUAAACAGCUCAGAGCUGAGGAUGCACUAAACGCAACUAAGGCAGCAAUCGAGGAAGGAGUAGUAGUUGGUGGAGGUUGUUGCCUCCUAAGGCUGUCUACGAAAAUUGAUAGUGUUCGAGAAGGUUUGGACAAUGAAGAGCAAAGAAUUGGAGCGGACAUUUUGAAAAGAGCUUUGGCAUAUCCGACGAGGCAGAUAGCCAAAAAUGCUGGUGUGAAUGGAAAUACUGUUAUUAAUAAGAUUCUGUCAUCAGACGACAUAAAUUUUGGUUACAAUGCUGCAAGAGACAGAUACGAGGAUCUGAUGGCCGCAGGAAUCCUGGAUCCUUCAAAGGUUGUUAGAUGUUGCUUGGAGCAUGCAGCAUCAGUGGCCAAGACGUUUUUGACAGCCGAUGCUGUUGUCAUCGAAAUCAAGGAACCAGUAUCCAAAGUACUAAGAAAACCUAUUCCAACCUCAGGUAUUGGACCCGUUAGCGUUUAGUUGACGAGCAAAGGAUGAAUCUCUACUCGUUCGGGCUGCCCACGACAACUUCACUGCCAUUUUCCUUGGGAGAUAUAUCAAUCCGCGGGCAAGAAACAGAAGAGACUCAUCAGCAUUGUGAUGCUGAUGACUGAUACAGUGCCUGGAGAAGCAGGUUUUAUGGCUGUUUGGCCAAAGUGUACAGACUCACUGAUGCAAGAUUUCUUAGGAGAAACAGAAUGGAUGAUCCAUACAGCACGAAAUACCAAGUACAUUAUGAAAUGAUUAUACUGGAUAUUGUAAUUUUUACUACUAAAUAUGAUCAUAUGGACUUCUAUAAAUCCUGCAAUCCGACAUCUAGAGAAUCAAAAUUUGAUUUCGUUUU